UUCCCUUCUCCUUCGCCUCCUCUUCGCGAGCGAUGAAGGAGAGAGACGACGACGACGAAGAAGAAGAAGAAGAAGAAGAAGAAGAAGCAGAAGCCCCGGAGGGAUCGACGACGACGGAAACCCUAGUUUGAGCCCCGAUCCAUGGCGAAGCCCGGCGCCGCGGCGGCGGCGGCGAGGGCCGCCGCGGCGGCAGAGGCGGCGGCGGCGGCGGAGAGGCUGAAGAGGGAGCUGAGGAGGCUGGUCAUGGCGAUCGCCGCCGACGACGGCGCCGGCGCCGGCGCCGGCGGAGUGGGGGCGGAGGCGUUCGACGAGGCGGAGAGGGCGCUCGCGAGGCUGAGGGAGCUUAGGUUCGGGGGCGGCAAUGGGGGGUCGAGGGGGACGAGGAGUAGGGAGGAGGAGGGAGGUGGUGGACACGUGGCGGUCCCGGAGCACUUCCUGUGCCCGAUCUCGUCGGAGAUCAUGCGGGAUCCGGUGGUUCUCGCCUCGGGACAGACUUACGAUCGCGCCUUCAUUCAAGAAUGGCUGAACUCCGGCAAUCGGACUUGCCCGCAAACCCAGCAGGUCCUCUCCAACACCGUCCUCACUCCGAACCACCUAGUCCGAAGCAUGAUCUCUCAAUGGUGCGUCGACCACGGGAUCAGUCUCCCCCCUCUCGACAACCAAUACGAAGGCCUAGUCACCCGGAACGACCGCGAGGAAUUCAAUAGAUUGCUCGACCGGAUAUCACCUUCCUCCACCGCCGUCGAUAAGAGGCAAGCCAUUCGAGACCUCCGCCUUUUGACGAAGCGGAAUCGAUCUUUUCGCGCGGUUAUAGGAGAGAAGCCCGACUCGAUCUCUCAAUUGCUCUCCGCCCUCUCUGAGAACAGAAGCCCGGAAGUGAUAGAAGACAUAGUGACGACGAUCCUAAACCUUUCGAUCCACGAUAGCAACAAGAAGAUCCUCGGAGAAAACCCUAACGUGAUCCCGAUGCUCAUCGACGCGCUGUAUUCGGGGACGAUGGAGGCACGCAGCAAUUCCGCGGCCGCGCUCUUCACGUUGUCGGCUUUAGAUUCCAACAAGUUGAGGAUCGGCGAACUCGGAGCCAUGAGGCCGUUGGUGGAUCUCCUCGAGGACGGAACCCUAACCGCGAAGAAGGACGCGGCCUCCGCCAUCUUCAACCUCUGCAUGGCGCACGAGAACAAGGCGAGGGCGGUGAGGGAAGGGCUGAUCGACGUGGCGGUGAGAUCCAUAACCGACCGAACCCUCGUCGACGAGCUACUGGCGAUCCUCGCCUUGCUAUCGAGCGACCGAGAGGCGGUGGAGGAGAUCGGGGAGGCGGGCGGAGUCCCUCUCCUGCUCGGGAUCGUGCGGGAGAACUCGUGCAAGAGGAGCACCGAGAACGCGGCGGUGGUUCUCUUCUCGAUGUGCAUGUAUGAUAGGUCAAAGUUAAAAGAAGUAGGGGAGGAUGAGAACUUGAAUGGCACAUUGGCCUGGCUGGCCCAGAAUGGCACUUCUAGGGCAAGGAGGAAGGCAGCAGGGAUCCUUGAGAAACUGAAGAAAGCUAUGAACAUGAACAACACACACUAUUCUUGUUAGAUGGUGGUGGUGGUGCUGGGGAGGUGUAAUUAGUGGGGGAAUAAGAGGCUCAAUUUGAUGAUAUGUAUAUAUAUAUAUAUAUAUAUAUAUAUAGAACCAUAUAUUGUCACAUUAGUGAUCAGAGUUUUUGGUGCCAAAAAAGGUUGGUUUUUACUGUGAAAUGCUGCUGAGGAAAUCUCCCAUCUUUUGUAGCUUAAUAAGUGAACAUAAUUUUUGCUUGUAACUUGUCACACUUCUUCUUGUUUUCAAUUUGUUACCAUGUCACCUUUUUUUCC